CGGCUUGGGGGCGGUGCUCGGCGGUGGCGGAGCGCGGCCCGGGUUCGCGCUGGGCUCCGCUCGCCCCCCGCCCCCCUCUAUGAGGCAGAGGCCGCGGCGGCCGUUAGCGCUGUCGCUCCGGGGGCCGCGGCGGGCGGGGCUCCGGCGGGGCCCAGCCUAGUCCCCACCCCAGCCCGGCUCCCAGCCGCCCGCCCUCCCUCCCUCUCCCCGAUGCAGGGGGCCGAGCUCCGGGAUGGCGAGGCGGCGGCGGCGGCCGCUUCGUACCGCGUCCUGAGCCGCCUCCUCGGCUAUGGAGAGGCGGCCCCCGAGCCAGGCCCGCCGCCACCGCCCCCGGGCCAUGGCACCCCGCCGCCACCCUUCCUCGCGCGGCCCGGCCCGCGGGGCUCCCGGCCGCCGCAGCUGAUGGUGUUCCGCAACGUGGGUCGGCCGCCGGAGGAGGAGGACGUGGAGGCGGCCCCGGAGCCGGGACCCUCGGAAUUGCUGUGUCCCCGGCACCGCUGUGCCCUGGACCCCAAGGCCCUGCCGCCGGGAUUGGCACUGGAGCGGACCUGGGGCCCGGCGGCUGGACUAGAGGCUCAGUUGGCGGCUCUGGGGCUCGGGCAGCCGGCAGGGCCGGGGGUCAAGACAGUCGGUGGGGGUUGCUGCCCGUGUCCGUGUCCCCCUCAGCCGCCCCCUCCGCAGCCCGAGCCGCCUGCUGCCGCCCCGCAGGCCGGGGAGGACCCCACGGAAACGAGCGACGCGCUGCUGGUCCUGGAGGGCUUGGAAUCGGAGGCCGAGAGCCUGGAGACUAACAGCUGCUCGGAAGAGGAGCUCAGCAGCCCGGGUCGCGGAGGAGGAGGGGGCGGCCGGCUUCUGCUGCAGCCCCCAGGCCCUGAAUUACCUCCGGUGCCCUUCCCGCUGCAGGACUUGGUCCCUCUGGGGCGCCUGAGUAGAGGGGAGCAGCAGCAGCAGCAGCAACCUCCCCCGCCCCCGCCUCCUCCCGGGCCCCUCCGGCCACUCGCGGGUCCUUCUCGGAAGGGCUCCUUCAAAAUCCGCCUCAGUCGCCUCUUUCGCACCAAGAGCUGCAACGGUGGCUCCGGCGGUGGGGAUGGGACCGGCAAGAGGCCUUCUGGAGAGCUGGCUGCUUCAGCUGCAAGCCUGACAGACAUGGGAGGCCCUGCAGGCCGGGAGCUGGACGCGGGGAGGAAACCCAAGUUGACAAGAACUCAAAGUGCCUUUUCUCCGGUCUCCUUCAGCCCCCUGUUCACAGGUGAAACUGUGUCGCUUGUGGAUGUGGACAUUUCUCAGCGGGGCCUGACCUCUCCACACCCUCCAACUCCCCCUCCUCCUCCGAGAAGAAGCCUCAGCCUCCUAGAUGAUAUCAGUGGGACGCUGCCUACAUCUGUCCUUGUGGCUCCGAUGGGGUCUUCCUUGCAGUCUUUCCCCCUACCUCCGCCUCCUCCACCCCAUGCCCCAGAUGCAUUUCCCCGGAUUGCUCCCAUCCGAGCAGCUGAAUCCCUGCACAGCCAACCCCCACAGCACUUCCAGUGUCCCCUCUACCGGCCUGACUCGAGCAGCUUUGCAGCCAGCCUUCGAGAGUUGGAGAAGUGUGGUUGGUAUUGGGGGCCAAUGAAUUGGGAAGAUGCAGAGAUGAAGCUGAAAGGGAAACCAGAUGGUUCUUUCCUGGUACGAGAUAGUUCUGAUCCUCGUUACAUCCUGAGCCUCAGUUUCCGAUCACAGGGUAUCACCCACCACACUAGAAUGGAGCACUACAGAGGAACCUUCAGCCUGUGGUGUCAUCCCAAGUUUGAGGACCGCUGUCAAUCUGUUGUAGAGUUUAUUAAGAGAGCCAUUAUGCACUCCAAGAAUGGAAAGUUUCUCUAUUUCUUAAGAUCCAGGGUUCCAGGACUGCCACCAACUCCUGUCCAGCUGCUCUAUCCAGUGUCCCGAUUCAGCAAUGUCAAAUCCCUCCAGCACCUUUGCAGAUUCCGGAUACGACAGCUCGUCAGGAUAGAUCACAUCCCAGAUCUCCCACUGCCUAAACCUCUGAUCUCUUAUAUCCGAAAGUUCUACUACUAUGAUCCUCAGGAAGAGGUAUACCUGUCUCUAAAGGAAGCGCAGCUCAUUUCCAAACAGAAGCAAGAGGUGGAACCCUCCACGUAGCGAGGGGCUCCCUGCUGGUCACCACCAAGGGCAUUUUGUUGCCAAGCUCCAGCUUUGAAGAACCAAAUUAAGCUACCAUGAAAAGAAGAUGAAAAAUGAGGGAACGGGAAGGUUGGGAUUCUCUGUGCAGAGACUUUGGUUCCCCACGCAGCCCUGGGGCUUGGAAGAAGCACAUGACCGUACUCUGCGUGGGGCUCCAGCUCACACCCACCCCUGGGCAUCUUAGGACUGGAGGGGCUCCUUGGAAAACUGGAAGAAGUCUCAACACUGUUUCUUUUUCAGAAGUUUUGUUUUUGAUAUUUGUAUUACUUGGUAUGGAAAACUUACCUUGAAGGCAGUUGGGGUUUGUGCCCGUUGGAUUGAAAGUGGUGCGAAGGGUGAGCAGGUCCAAAGAAGGGGUGGGAGAACAGGGGAUGGCCAUUCAGCUGGUGCCAAAGGCAGAGUUAAGAGUCUGUGUCGUGGGCCUGGAAGAUGGGAGGAGGGGCCUGAGGUUUGCAAAGGACUGAGAGCUCCUGAGGAAGGGGGAAUCUGCCUCUUGAUGCCAUGGGCAGCUGUUGUAGGAGCAGGAGAGAAAGGAGGGUGGGUGGUCUUGAAAAGAAUAUUGGGCAAAACCUAGCAAUUGGCCUUAGCUGGGAGAAGUAGUGACUCCUGCAUCCUUUUUUAAGGUUUAGGAACCUGAGUUCAGGAACACCUAUCAUGGAAGCUGUACUAGUUGUGAUUUACUUAAUUCCUUAAGUUCCAUGACCUGAAGUUAACCCCGUUCUUCCUCUGCUCUCAACCCAUUCCUCCUUGAGAUAACUGUACAUGUCACUCUGAUCAUGGUAACAGCAUCCCUAUUGCUUCUGCCAGCUGUCACGGCAAUCGUGUUUCUCAUCACCUGGGCGGUUCAGAGCCAAUCAUGGGCUGCUAAAUUUAAUGGAGCAUGCUUCCAGGUUCUUCAUGGCAAACUGUACUCAUGACUUAGGAGUGAGUGUUACUUCCAUGUGCCUGUCAGCUUGUGAGGGGGAAUGUGGAGGAAGGUGAGAAAUGCAGCUCCCACAGUUGUGCUCUUCCUAGAGGAAGCUCUCAGAACGCAGCCCUCACGGGAUUUCCUUAGGUCAGAGGAGAGCAUCACAUCUCACGUUUUUAGGUUUAUCACUGCUGUCCCACUUCUGGGAUGGGAGGUAGCAAGGGCUUCUAUAUUUUCUUGUGUUCAUUCUAGCAACCCAGACAUUUCCAGAUCAGAUCCUGCUGAUCUCCACUCACUGGAAAGUCUGCCAGAUGCCGAUUUGAGAGCUGCCUGUCUUCCGGCUCUCAGGAAGAGCAGGGAGAAAAACUCCAAUGGUCUUUAAUGGUUUCUGCAGCUGGCCAUGGCCAAUUCAUAUGACAUUGUGAGUUUGCUUUCUUGUAGAGCUGCUCUGGGGAGAGGUUUGCUAUCGAGAUGUUAACAGUGGAGCUGUUGGGUCUUCAUGACUCCUUUGCAUGUGUUCCGUGAGACACUCUUUCUGGGUUCCCCGUGCUUAUAGCUGCCUCGUCUCACAAGACAGAUACUACUGUCAGGUUUGUGGCUUCCUGAUGGUUUGAGUGGGGCCUUAGUGUCUUGGUAAUUUAUAGGACUGCCUCAUCUGGGAGCAUUGCCUUCUUCCUUAGUCCCGCAUGGAGUGACCAGUCUUCCUCGUAGCUGGACAGGGAGGAAACUUGCACCAUUACCUGACUGUGGAAGGGUGGCCCACAAGAUGAGCUGUGCACCAUAAACACAGCCCACCUCUGAUUUGUCAUGUGGUACCUCUUCUUUCCUUGGCUUCCAUGGUAGUAUUACCAACUAAGCAAGAUUAUGAUCCCAGAAAUUGGCUUAGCAUGUGAGUGUUGCCUCGUGAGAGUACAAGUAAUAUAACUUGCCAUCUUGCAGGAAGUGCCACCCCAAUAUAGAGCCUGAAGUUGGAAUCCAUUGAGAUCCUUGGAUGGCUGAUAUGCAGCCUGGGAUCUUUCUUUUUUUUGUUCCUUUUCAACCACCCGUAAUUUUAAGAUUAUUUUUUAGUGUGUGUGCCUGGCUUUGCGCUAGAUAUUGUAGAAAACAAAAAAGGUAAAAGACGUAAUCUGUGGCCUAAGGGAGCUUUUAGGUGACUGCUGCACAUCAAGCAGAAAAUCAAGGACUAUCUAAAGACGUUUAUAGUAGAUAAGAUCAGGGUAGACCAGAUGGUCUGGGAAAGUUCUGUGCCUCUGAGGCUUUGGGUUGUAGUCAAUGGCAGGACAGACAGUGAGAUGAAAAACACAUGAACAAAAGCAAGGAAGCAGAAAUCUGCAUGGCAUGUACUGAACAGUGCACAGUCCUGUUAGAGCAACAUGGUUAAAGAAUCCUUUCCAGUGCGGUCGUCUAGAUGGAAGCUUCCCAGCCACCAGGCAGACCUGAGUGCUGAGGGGUUAUGAUGGUGAGGUGGAGCCCAAAGCCCAAAGGAGUCAGGAAGGUUCCUGCCCAUUGCCAGGACCUCACUAUGGUCAGCUCAGGCCAUGUGAGGAAGGCAGAGCUUCUGCACCCCCUGUGUUACUGGGUUUCUUCUGGAGAACUCAUACACUCAGGUACAAAACAAACCAACUGAGGAGGUGUGACCCAACCUCACCACCCACCUUUCUCCUCCUGGGGAGUGUCAUGUUGAACUGUGUCUGUGAUCUGUCAGUGCACUGGUCCCAGCCGUGGCCGCAGCCUAGUCCUUUCUCUGUGGAGUGGGCUGCAGAACAGCAGUGCAAGAGGAGACAGUCUUCAUCAGGUGUGGGUGUUUGGUGCCUGCAAUGGGUGGCCUUGCACAGAGCAGUUAGGGGAAGAUGAGGGGGAGGCAUGGGGCUGGGCCAGCUCUCUGGGAUGCAGUCUGGUCAGAGAGUAAAUGGAGCAGAGGAACAGGCACGGCAGCACCUGCCCUUCACCUCCCCGACAAGGCCUGCCCCUCCUUCGCCAGUGCUGUGCAGAGCUCAUUUAAAUGUAUUCCUUUCUAGGCCUGGGUGCGGUGGCUCACGCCUGUAAUCCCAGCACUUUGGGAGGCUGAGGUGGGUGGAUCAUGAGGUCGGGAGUUCAAGACCAGCUUGGCCAAACAGUGAAACCCCAUCUCUACUAAAAUACAAAAAUUAGCUGGGCAUGGUGGCGUGCACCUGUAGUCCCAGCUACUUGGGAGGCUGAGACAGGAGAAUUGCUUGAACCCAGGAGGUGGAGGUUGCACUGAGCCGAGAUUGUGCCACUGCCCUCCAGCCUGGAUGACAGAGUGAGACUCCAUCUCAAAAAAAAUAAAUAAUUCCUUUCUGGUUGUAUUUUCAAGUCACAAAUUGUAAAAGGUUUACAUCUAGGGACCCACUAUUGAUUUCUAAGUUGUGGGUGGGUGAUACCAGUGGCCUCAGUUCCUGUAUAACCCUCACCUGUUUAUGACUGAUCUACUGUAACCUUCCUCAGGUUGAGAGUGAGCCACUGUGAGCCAGUGACAACUACUGCUACAACUUGCUGUUACUUGAAAUUCGUGUGCUAUGUUGGUAGCACAGAAGUAGGCGGGCGGGGGUUUUGGUGUGGGCACUAGAUAAGUGGGUGGCAGCUGGCUUUUUGGGACCACUGUGCUGACCUUGGCCUGGUCACCUGCCUGUGUCUAGGCAAAGUGAAUGUUACAUCUUGGAACCUGAGCCAUGGAGGUGGCGCCACCUCCCUGAGGAGAAAGGUGUGGCCAAGGGAAGCUCCCGCAUGGCUCCUGCUCCUUCCCCUUCCCUACAUUUCACUUGGGCUAAUGAUGUAAGCCCCCCUUGAGGUUGGGGAUGGUGUGGAGAUAGCUGCAGACACCCCUGUAACAGAUAUCCAGGAAGAAUUGGGGAGUGGGGGUAAUUAUAAUUCCCAGGCCUAGGGGUGAGAGGUGGGAGUAGAACCAGAAGUGCCCUGGAAUCCAGCCGUGUCAGCCCUCGCCCCAGGGCCCCCAGGAAAGCAUGGCCUGCUUGAAGCCCUCUGCUCCCUGCAGAAACUGGGGAGAGGAGGAGCUUUUUCCUUCAGUUAGAUCUUUCCCUUCCCUGCUGCCUCUCUCCCUUAGCUUUAGAGCCCUAAAGUUAGUGGACGAGACACUGGGAUAAAGCUCUAUGGCUGCUGGAAGGAGGUCAGAGUCUGUGUGUGUGCGUAUGCAUGCGUGUGUGUGUGUGUGUGUGUGUGUGUGUCAUUUGCAGAAGUCUUGCUACCAGUUGGGGUGUUAAGAGCAUCUCCACUGGGCGGAGACCUGGCAUUUGUUUUCCACUGUUAAGAGAAUGACACGCCCCCUGUCAUGUAAGGGAGGAGCUAUUGAGUUAGACAUUUUCCCUAUGGGAAUCCUCGGUUUGGUUUGUGGGAAAGGAGGGAAUGGAUAAGUGAUUUUUAUCUCUAAUCGUCAACACAGCUGUUCUUCCACUGAAUUUGUGCUAUUGCAUACAUGUAGCCAUCUUUCUUUUCACUGCAGCAGUGUUUAUCAGUAGUUCAAAAUGAUUUAUUUGCUCCUGGGGAGUAAAACCUUUUUUAUUAAAAAAAGAAAAAGAAAAAAAAAAGAAAAGUGUGCCCCCCUCCUACGCCGUGAUAGCUAUAAAAUGAUUGGGCCACAAAGGUCAAGUCUGCACGUCCCUGUGGUAGACCCUGCUUUCACAUUGGAGCCUUCACACUCAGCACAAAAUGAUCGGAGGCCUUGAUAAAAUGGAGAGCAUAGUCUCGGGAGCAGUGAAAUGGGGGUUGGAUCAUAGACACAGGUGCUGGGGACUCGGGUACCGCAGUUAGGAAAGUAGUGUUAUGAGUUGUACUGAAAAUGUUGAUUCUCUAAUCUGCCAGAAAAGGACCUGUCUUUUCAUGCAGAUUUCAUAUUGUCUUUGUCCUUUUCAUUGCUUCUUGACCUUCCUGGUAGGUGUCGCUCAGUUUCUUCCUGUUUCCCUUCCUGUCCUCUCCACACCUGCUAUCCCGUCCCACUCCCAUCUACCUCCUGGGAAGCCAGCCCUGCAUGCUGAGUUUGUGACCUGCUUCACUCCCAUUUCAUUUCUAGAGGGUUUAGAGGGGACCUGGAACCGUUCCCUUUCCCUCUCCUACCCCCUCCUCCGCAACACCAAGAGGCCUGGAGGGGCAGACAGAAAGCAACCAGCCACGGCGGGAAGACAUGCGUGUUUGGUUGCAGCUGGACUGCAAUCGUAGUUCCUCCUGGAGAUAGAGUGUGAGGAACUUAGGACAUUCUUCCUCAGACUCUGGGAUCAUCACAUACCACACUGCCCCGCUCAGAGCUUCGUCCUGAGUUCCCUAACCAGCUCAGGUGGAGCAGAAGCCUGGUCUCACUCCUCCAUCUCUGGUGCUCCCUUGGGCGGGGACCUGCCCCUCACUCUUAGGCCCAGAACCUUGUCCAAGGGACAGGUAGGGUCCAGGUGCCACUUUGGGUAGCUGGCUGUUGGAAUGCCCACACUGGUGCUGCCUGUGGCAUAGCCACUGCUGUACGUUUUUGGUUGUUUUUAAGAAACUCGAUGAAGAGGGGUGUCAUUCUGGGCUCGGGGUGGUUGCCAAUUUUUCACCAGAAAGGGAGCCACCCCUUGCAACCACUUCUGUCUCCAUUAGCCCCCCCUCUGCCCUCCUCCAAGCCAAAGCGUGGCCUGGCUUUUGUCCUCCCAUUUAGUUUUCCUCUUUUACCCUUCCUUUUGUGCUUAAUUUAUUAAAAUAGUUGCUGUAUAAUUUAUUUUCAUAAACUAUAAAAAAAUACUAAAUGGUUAAAAUAGACUUGCAGGCCAAUCUUAAAUGGGGUGGGAGGGUCUGAGGGUGGGAUGGGGAAAGGGAAAGAGGUUUUGAUAUAAACAAAACAAAUGCACUUUGGGUGUGUUUUGGUAUUUUUCUGGGGUUAGAGGGGGUGGGGUUAGGGACGUCCCUGUAGAUUAGUUCCAGAAUGGGGUGUCUGUAUAUACUGUAUUAAUAGGCAUGUUUGACUCUCGUAAACGGACAUUAGUAGCUGCUGCAGGUCCUGUUUGGAAACUCCAUGUACAAUUCCCAGUUUUUUGUAAGUGUCAGUGCGAGAGACAUUUGACUCUUGUGUUUGUAUCUCCUUUUUAUGAUUGCUGUACCUACCCAUGUCUUUUUGGGGAGGGGUGAAAAGAGAUUUGAAAUAAAAAUGUUCAGAAAUUA